GAAAACGAAAUGUAAUGGCAGCGUAAACUCGCGGCCUUCGCACCUGCUGCAAGACGGAAAUACAGUACGAGAGGACCCUGACGGUUGACGGAUGAGCGCCAUGUCCGGUGCCGAUGGAGCACUGUUUGCGAUCAAGUCGGGGAUGCAAAGCAUCGCGAACGUGGCGGAUUUGGCGCUCGACCAAAAGCUGAUUGCAACCGACUACGGCGCCCUGAUCACACGAAAAAUUGACCGCAUGAAGCAGGACUGGGCGCUUUGCGAAGAGCACGAGCACGACCAGGUGGACAAUCCGGACAUCGAGGAGGGGGGCAAAGACGCAAACAAAAGUCAAAAAUGGAAAGACGCACACAAAAAAGUGUCUUCCGAUGCGUGCCGGUUCAUUCUGAAAGACGCUAACACGAUCCAGCGGCUGCGCGAACUGGCGGGCCUGCACCAGACGCUGGUGCAGCGAGCGCUAGAGUUGCUUGACGCCCGGAUUCGCAGUGUGAAAGGCAAUUUUGAACGAUUUGUGCGUCUGCGGGACGUGGCUGCUGCGCAACCGGAAAGGCUGACCGUCAGUGGGAUGAAGCGGCACCUGAUGGAAAAGUACAAACACAUCCUGGACGAAGAGCAGGGGGGCGACGACGGCGAGGACCCAGCAAGCGCCCAAAGUGCGGCAGUCGAGGACCGGAACGACCCGCGUGUGGGGAAUCACAUAAAGCUGACGACCGACGAGCAAGAGCAGUUGGAUCGCGUGCUGCCCAUCACGGAGAGAACGCCGCUGCACUUUUCGAAGGCGACACGGGUGAAGAAGAAAGCCCAUCCGGAGUUUGCGGUCAAUGACGAACCGACGGGGCCCCUGUUUAAGCAAACUGUUGUAGACGAUGAGGACGGGUUUGAUCUUGAUCAUUCCACCGAUCCAUUACCAAAACCGCCACUGGGACUCAGAGCCGAAAAUGCGAAACUAUUUCUCUAGAAACUGAAGAGUGACUCUGAAGAUGAACAUGGGAAUUGUAAAAUGAAAACCAACCACCACUACGUAUGGCCGAGGCUACUGGUUUUCUGUUAAGCGAUCCACAAUUUUGCUGCCUCUUCUGCAGCAGAGGAGAUAAG